AUGGCCCCACUGCGUGACAACCUCAUCGUCGGCACCCGCGUCACUAUUGCACAGGACGCAGACCUUCGUGGCGAGAUCUCGGUCGGUAGUGGCACCGUGAUUCACCCAAAAGCAACCAUACUAGCCCUUCAAGGUCCUAUAACGAUCGGCUCAAACUGCAUCAUUGAAGAGACGGCUGUGAUUGUCAACCGCAGAUCUACACCCAUCCGGAUUGGCGACAAUAACCUGUUCGAGGUGGGAUGUCGCAUCGAGGCGCCCUCCAUUGGAUCGUACAAUGUGUUUGAGAUGAGGAGCAAGGUGGCGCAGAAUGUCAAGAUCGGUUCUUACAGUGUGGUGGGAGCAGGAUGUAUCGUCCUGCCAAAACCAAUAGCGGAUGAUCAGCUGGAAACAGUCUUCGACGACCAGGAUCAACAGAAUUACGAAUCAACGGCGGUAGCAGGAACAGCAUUAGCGCAAACCGGCUCCAUGCCCGAGUCAGCAAACGAGCGAGCCGAGCAAAUAUGGGACGAGCUUCCCGAUCAAACGGUUGUUUACGGUGCCGACAGCCGAAGGCGACUCUGGAGUGGAGAAGGAGCACAGCAGCAAGCAGCAUUACACGCAAAGCACCUCGAGUAUCUUCGCGAUGCGAUACCGGGCGCGCACAAACUCAAAAUCAUUCAAGGCGUGAGAGCACCCGCUACAGGUGCUCCUCCAAGUACAACCAGUAGCACACCAACCUCAUGA